UGCGCAUGUCACACAUGUAGGACAUACCGAUUUUCUCUGCAGUGCGCAUGUCACACAUGAGUGUUUCCAGCCGGCUUGAAAUUCAUUCGCCAGUGUUUUCUCAGCAUUGAAAGUGGGCGCAUGAAUUCUUGUGAGCGUGUAGUUAAAAGUUAAAGUGUUGUAAAAUUUUCCACCGUUACUAAUUUUUCUUUUCUCGCGAAGUAUACCAUGGAUCCUAACCUACCUGGUCCUUCGCGUGCAAAAAAACAAAAAGUAUCAUUCAAAGACCCAAACAAUGUCACUGAUGAAGAGUUAUUAGCUGUGUUAGAGGCUUCUGACUCUGAAAUAGAUGAAUUACUGGGAAUUUCGGAUUCCGACGACGAAUAUAUUUUAGAAGGAGGCUGUGAGUCUGAGGAAAGUGAUUAUGAUGAUGGUGAAGGUAGGAAUUUUGUUUUUCUUUUUGUUUAUUCUUAUAUCGCAUAUUUUCUAGUUGAUGCAGUCUUGCAAACACAAUUACCUCAAACACACACACAACCAUCAACUCUUGCAAGUGGAAGUAUUAUUCCAACGUGGUCAAGCAACCCUACAGCCUUGAAGGUGUUUCCGUUUACGAAGAGAAAUGAACUAUUACAAUUAAUUCCGGGAAACAACGAGCCGAUUGAUUACUUUCGUGCAAUAUUUGACAAUAAUAUUCUUGAGCUGAUUGUGAGAGAAACAAAUAAUUACGCCGAAACCGUGUUUCUGGCCGUAGGUACCACAGAAAAAUCGCGGAUUACCAGAUGGAAACCAGUUACUUCUGCAGAAAUGUUAACUUUUGUUGGCUCACUGUUACAUACUGGAACAAUUCGCACAAAUCGCCUACAGGAUUACUGGAAGCGGCAUCCCUUAUUCAACCUACAAAGCUUUUCUAAGCAUAUGAGUAGAGAUCGUUUCCUACUCAUAAUGAGGUGUUUGCAUUUUGCAGAAAAUGGACCUGCAGGAGUUCCAACGGAUCGCUUGCAUAAAAUAAAUCCUUUUUUAAAUUUCUUCAACGAGAAGAUGGCAGUUCUCUAUUAUCCCCAACGGGAACUUUCACUGGACGAAUCGAUGGUGCUGUGGAGAGGGCGAUUAGUAUUUCGCCAAUACAUCAAAAACAAGAAACAUAAAUAUGGAAUAAAAUUAUAUGUGCUUACCGAACCUUGUGGAGUGAUAUUGAAAGUAUUGAUAUACACCAGGGCAAUGGACAAUUUAGGUGGAAAAGGACAUACAACAAAAGUCGUACUUGAUCUUAUGCGGAAUUAUUUAGAUUCAGGACAUUCUCUAUACUUAGAUAAUUUUUAUAAUUCUUUCGAGUUAGCAAAUGAACUAACAAAUCGCCGAACGUAUUGUACGGGAACUCUCAAUGCAAAACGAAAAAAUAAUCCCAAGGCCGUCAUCGAUAAAAAGCUGAAAAAGGGUGAAAUCACUGGACAAUACUCUAAUGAUAUUAUCGUCGGAAAGUGGAAGGAUAAACGUGAAGUUUUAUAUAUUUCCAAUGAAUAUGAAAACAAUAUGAUAGAGUAUACUGACAGGCAAAAUCGGGCAAGGGAAAAACCUACGCCAAUAUAUUAUUACAACAAAUUCAUGGGUGGUGUAGAUCACCAAGACCAACUGAGUGCAUACUAUCCUUGUGAGAGGAAAUCUCUAAGAUGGUACAAACAAUUAGGAAUCCAUCUCAUUCACCUCAUGUAA